GUCCGAGAAACCGCGCCGUUGCCAAGGUCCACAGGUCGCGCUGAGGUCGCAGAGAAUUCGAACAGCUGGAAUCCUUUCGCGCCAAGCGCGGACCCUUCGGCCUCGGGUAUCGCUGCGUUAUCAACCAACAGGAUGCGUUCCUCGCCAGUCCUCUCGGGCCAGACGGCGCCCUGAGGAUGAGAGGGUGGCUGCUGAACUGGAACCGCCUUGUCUUUCAUCUGACAGGUUGCCUAUCUAGGGAGGACAAACCUGAAGUGGCCAGGGUCAUAUGGGUGGAACAUCAAAGGCAAAACUGGAGCUUUGCCAGCCAGGGGGAGGCUGCAGAAGGUUGGUGAGAUGCUUAACAGAGGAGAUGGGCUUUGAAAUGGGCCUUCAAGGCAAGAUUCCACACAUGAAAAUGACCUGAGACCAGCGUAGAGGUAGGCAAACAGGAGGUCCCUGUGACUUAGAUCCUAAUUCAGAGAUGGCGCUACAAGGCUCAUCUUCCACCAUCUCUGAGCAGCAGCUGCACAAGGAGGAGAGACUGAGCAAUACCCAGGCAGACUUGGCUAAGCAGAGUCUCAUCUCCUCCGAGGAAUGGCUUCAGCUGCAUGGACUUAAGAGCAACAAAUUGACCUUGAAACAGAUUUUGUCACAGAUUGGAUUCCCCCAUUGUGAAGAUUAUGUGACUUCUCUGGGGAGACUUGUGUCUUCCCGCUAUGCAGAUGGCCUAUUUCCACGGAUCUACAGAACCGAAGAUGGCAGAGCAUACAAUCUGACAGCCAGAUCAGAGCUGAUCUAUCAGUAUGUGGAACAUUUAACACAAGCUGUGGAGAGCUACAAGCAGCGGAUGGACUGGCUCACCAGCAAAAGCCGGCAGGUUUUUGGUGUCAUUGUGGAACAGAGCAUCACUAUAGUGCUGGAUUUUGGUGGCAUGCUGGAGGAGGAGCUUGAUCUGUGCAGAGAUGCUCUAAUCAUGGUCCUCAAGGAACAGGUGGCUUACAUAGCCAAGUUCAAUAUCAUAUGGGCUUCCCAGGAGCCUGUGAAAUGGCAGGAAAAUGCUGUUCCUGUGACGGCACAGUCCAUAGCUGCUGCCAUCAGUUGGCUUGAGAAGUGGCCUUUUGAGCUGCCUCCGAGCCAGGCCGGCUGUCUGGAUGCUCUGCUGGAAGCUGGGAAAGACACAACCAUUGAAUCCAUUUAUUACUUUGUGGUGGGGGACAUUCCAGAGAAGUCCAAGGAGCUUCUCCUUCAGAGGGCUUUGGAGAUCCCACAUCCCAUCUGCACCGUGUCCUUCAAUGCCAGAGGGGAGGGCACCAUAGCUCUCCUAAAGGAUCUGAGUGCCAAGACCCACAGCAGAUUCCAUGCAUUUGCAGAGAGAACAGAGUGUGUGGAAUUUCCUACCUUCCCUGUGAAGGAUGGGGACAGUGUAAUUACUUGGAAUUCAAGGAAACUGAAAGGAAAACUCCCUCCAGGAGCCGAGGUCAGAGAGGAUGUGUUUCUCAUUUGGAGGGAGAUGGAGGAAGCCAGCAGCACAUUGGCCCAGAUUCAGAGGCUGGUGAUCGAGCCUCCCAAGACCGAUGUGGCCACAACAGACCAUGGAGCAAAUGGGUCAAAUCCAGAGGAUGCCUGGGACUCUGAAAAGUGGCUGCAGAAAUAUGGUUUGAAAGCCCAGAAGCUGUCAUUUUAUGACGUCAUUGCGGACUGUUCCUUCCGCCAUGCUGAUGGAAUUGUUGAUAUAAAAGCCAAACCAGAGAACGAGUCUGUGCAGACCAGUGCGGAGACCAACAAGAAGACAGUCCAUGCGAAAUACUGCAGCAGAUUUGUCCAUGCUCCCUGGAAGGAUGGGAGCUUGGUCCAUGUCUGCAUUACCAAGGAGAAGUACACGUGGUACAGUGAGAGAGUUCAUGCAGUCCUGGCUCAGAUCCAAAGGAGGAUUAAAUGGCUACAGGAUGGGAGCCAAGUCCUCUUUGGAAAAGUGCGUAGUGAUUGUGUCUACAUUCUCAUCGACACCUCUCACUCCAUGAAGGGGAAACUGGACCUGGUGAAGAACAAGAUCAUCCAGCUCAUCCAGGAACAGCUGAAAUAUAAAAGGAAAUUCAAUUUUGUGCAGUUUGAUGCUCAAGCUGUGGCUUGGCGGGAAAAGCUUGUUGAAAUCAAUGAAGACAAUCUGAAAGCAGCCCAGGCCUGGGUUAGAGACAUUAAGGUUGGAAGUUCCACAAACACCCUGAAUGCCCUGAAAGUUGCUUUUGCUGAUAAAGAAACACAAGUAAUCUACCUUUUGACAGAUGGGAGACCUGAUCAGCCACCUGAAAUGGUUAUAGAUCAGGUGAAAGUUUUCCAGAAAAUCCCUAUUUACACCAUCUCCUUCUGUUACAAUGAUGAGAUAGCAAAUGGAUUUUUGAAAGAGGUUGCUUCUUUGACUGGAGGAGAGUUCCAUUCUUAUAAUUUUGGCUGCAAGGAUCCCUGCCCUCCAGAGGCUGUUCAGUUAUUAUUUUGGCAGAAUGAAGAUGUGACCCUUCUAAUUAAGGAAAUGGAGCAGGGACGCAGUGACCUGGAGAAGGUGCAAGACCUUUACUCAGAGUCCUUGGUCAUGGACUGGUGGUACAACGGAGAAAAGGAUGGAGACAAGCAUCAAAGAGAGAUCUGUUCUAUGAUUUCAACCCCAGAAAAAUGUGCAAAACCUCAUUCUGAUGUGGAAUCAGCACGAAUGUCGAAAGCACCAGAAGACCGCUCAGAUCAAAAGAUUCAGAAAAAGAAAGUCCUCCAUGCAGAACCAACCAAAACCAGCCUGCUCAGAAGCCGGCUGUCAACCCUCAAGAGCUCCACUUGCAGAGAGGGGAAAGACGGCCUUUCCAGUUCCAGCUGCUGGAAUACUCCAGAAAAGGGUGUCCUGUUGACAAAUGAAUUUCCAGAUGAUAAGAUGAUAGAAAUAGCGACUCAAGAAAUAAGCCAAGUUCAUGACCAAGAUUCUUUAGAGAUGUCUUCAGCAGACUGGCUCGAGAUCCAUGGCUUGGCAGCCAAGAAGCUCACCAUCAUGGAUGCCUUGUCAGUGACGGCUGUCCCUCACAGCCCCACCUACGUCCCCAUUCUGGACAAGCAUGUCGUUUCCAAGGUCUUUGAUGAGGUGUUCCCUGUGGCACAUGUAUGCAAUGGCACAAAUAAGAUGACAUUAAUUAACCCCCAAGGAGUGAAGCUCGAUAUCUACAAGCAAAAAGUGGAACAGGCCAUUAAGUCCUAUGAAAAGCGCUUGAAUAAAAUUGUUUGGCGAGCAUUAUCUCAAGAAGAAAAAAAAAAGUUAGAUGCCAACAAACCAAUGCGGUACUUGGAAAACAAGGCAGCUUUAAACAAGGCCUUAGAACGGUUGAAUUGGCCUAUUUCACUGAAGGAGCUGUCAGUGCUGGAGAAUGAAAUCCUAGCUGGGAAAAUGUAUGUGCAGCAGGCCAUGGAGCUCCAAGAGGCUGCCAAGAAGGAGAAUUACGUGAGCAAGACCAUGGAAGAGCAACAGAAAAUUCAAGGAGCUCCUACAAAGAAAAACAAACCGAAAAAACUAGAUCCACUCAAAGGCCAGAAGGUUAUUGCACGAUGUGAUGAAAAUGGCUUUUAUUUUCCAGGGGUCGUGAAGAAGUGCGUAAGCCCCACCCAUGCACUCGUGGGCUUCAGGUAUGGAGACACCAAGGUCGUGCCAGUCUCAUUCAUCACGCCUAUCGGGGGCGCCAUGCCCUGCCCACUGCUCCAGGUUGGCGAUUACGUGUUUGCCAAAAUUGUGAUACCCAAAGGCUUUGACUUCUACGUCCCCGCCAUUGUCAUCGCACUUCCAAAUCAAGAUGUGGCUGAAGAUAAGCUCUACACAGUUUUAAAAUGUAACAAUCGGAGAGAAUUUUGCCCUCGGAGUGCACUUAUUAAGAUCAGCCAAAACAAAUAUGCCCUCUCUUGCUCUCAUAUCAAGUCACCCCCAAUUCAGGAGGAUUCAAAAGUGGAAGACAUGGACACAAAGAACUCUACUCUCCUAAUACGACCGAUCAAGGAAGUUGACACUGGGGAUUUGCAAGAGCUAAAAAAAGAGAACCCUAGAAGGAAGAAAAAGAAGGCUGCCAGGAGGCUCCCUCUCCAGGAGAUGGAAUCCCCCGACUCAGAUGACUCUUCCCAUGGCAACAUGUCCCGAGAGUCCUACCCCGAGAGACACCCCAAGCCCAAAGUGGGAGGGGAACAACAUCAUUUCUUCCUGGAACACGCAGAAACCUCUCUCAAGGACAGUGUACAUGAAAUCACUCCCCCAUUUCCAGGCCAGUUUAAGCCCCAGUACAGCAAAACCUCUCCCCGCUUAAGUAAUGCUGACACCCACUUCCCCAGAGAAGGUCCUCCGCCCGGGUCUAGGAGUCAACCAGCCAUGCCAACGCUGCCACACCUCCACCUGAGCAGCCCCGCGCCCCCCAUAAAGCCACCUGCAGCAGCCAAGGGCUGAGGAGCAUCGCUGAGAAACCAGAAAGCAGUCCAGUGGCAACUGUGUUCAGAGAGCCAGUAUUCAUCCAGGGCUGCCCUCAGCCACCCUACCCUGUGGAACUAGCCCCUCUGCAGAGGUAAGGUCACGUGCCCUUCCCUGGUUGUCAUGCAGGUAGAGUUCCCUGCCAUCCUCCAGCUGGAUCCAUUAGAGCCUAUUGGUUCGGGCUUUUCCCGACCAUCCUUUAUCCCAUUCUUUUCCCUGUUCUCACAAAGCUCUGCUCAGUCUUCUGGUAGACCCCCCCCCCCCACAUCCAGAAUUGUUAUCUGACAUAGGAUUACUGCCAUAGGAUUUUCAAUUUUUUUUUUUUUUUUUUGUCUUUUUUGCUAUUUCUUUGGGCCGCUCCUGCGGCAUAUGGAGGUUCCCAGGCUAGGGGUCGAAUUGGAGCUGCAGUCCCCGGCCUUCGCCAGAGCCACAGCAACGCUGGAUCCGAGCCGAGUCUGCAACCUACACCACAGCUCACGGCAACGCUGGAUCGUUAACCCACUGAGCAAGGGCAGGGAUUGAACCCGCGACCUCAUGGUUCCUAGUCGGAUUCGUUAACCACUGCACCACAAUGGGAACUCCUCAAUUUUUUUUUUUUUUGAAUUUGUAGUUCUGGUCUUGAAAUUAUGUAGUUCUAUUGCAAGCCUGCAGUCUUGUUGUUAAUUUGAUUCUCUCAUCUGAAUUAGGGAUUUUAUCAUUUAAUGUUAGGACCAAAAUGAAGACCUAGUAUCUUGUCCAAGAGCUGUAAGACUGAACAUUACGUAGUUUACUGUUUUCUGAAAAAUUUUUAUUGAGCCCUCCCUAAUUAUUUUUGUCUGUAGUCUGUUGUAGGUACCUCUAAUUGAGCACGGAACCAGAAUAAAAACUCUUACAUUAGAAACAUUUCAAAACUAUGGGGCUGUUGUUACUGUUUUCUUUGCAUACAUUUUAGCAGUGUAUAUACCUCCAUUCAAUAAUUCCUUAGUAAAAUUAUCUUCAUUAAUUUCAAAAAAUGAAAUAGUCUCCCAAAUUCUCUUCUUCUAGUCAAUAAUAGCUCUAGGGCUAGAUAAUAAUAGGGUACAGGGAGUUCCCAUUGUGGCUCAGUGGUAACAAACCCAGCUAGUAUACAUGAGGAUGUGGAUUCCAUCCCUGGCCUCACUCAGUGGGUUAAGAACUUGGCAUUGCCAUGAACUGUGUAUAAGUCACAGACAGGACUUGGAUACUGGCAUUGCUAUGGCUGAGGCAUAGGCUGGCAGCUACAGCUCCACUUUGACCCCUAGCCUGGGAACCUCCAUAUGCUGCAGGUGCAGCCAUAGAAAGCAAGCAAAUAAAUAAAAAGUAAAGAAAUAAUAAUAGGGUAGGUAUUAUUAAUAAGAAAAAUCUUGGAUGCUCUUUGCAAGAGAAAAGACAGGGCAGUAUUGUGAUACUCAAAAAUUCACAAUUUAAUUAAAAGUGAUGCUUAAAUUCCCAAAAGCCAGGGAGUCACCAGGUUAUGGCAAAGAACUCAAAGGAGGAAUCCACUUCCAAAAAUAUGAAAGAAAAAGGGACAUCAGCUCAGCAUCAGGCUAAAAGUAGUAAUGCAGGAAAGAAGGAAUUGAGGAGUAAGGAAAUGAUCUAGAAUAAGCCUGGGAACAGUAGGGGAAGUGUGCUGUCACCAAGAACCCAGGUAGGAAGGUUCUGGAGCAGUCAUCUGGGUUUGGCCUGCACAGUGGAGAAUUUUGGGGGGUGGGAUGGAAAGAAACCAUUCCUUCAGCCAUGGUGAUGCUUGCAUGCAAACCUGCAUGUGCUCAUUCAGUUAUUCAACAAAUAGUUGAGUACUGAUAGUGUGCCAGGCUACAGAGAGACCAUUAGACUGUCUACCUCUCUUCAUCUGCACAGGGUGAACUACAGGACAAAUAUACAUAAAAAUGUAUUGAGGAGUUCCCUUCAUGGCUCAACAGAACGAAUCUGACUAAUAUCCAU